UGGGAUUCAUUUGCGAAGUUGAAUCAGCUGUAAUUUUAGCCAUUGUCAAGAAAUAUGUUUAGUUCUGUGACGAGCUGGCUUGGUGUUGGUGAAAAACCAUCUUCACCAACAUCCUCUGACGACGAUAAAGAGAAUCAGACGUCUGAAAACACAAGUGUUUCAUCCCCAACGGAAAGUGUCAGUAGCGUAAGUGACACGAAAACAGAGGACUCUACGUCUGCCUCCGAAACGGAAGAUUUAACAGCAAAACAAACUCUUGAGGAAUUGUCUGCAAAUGCCAUCAACACUGCUAAAGAGUUUGGGAGCUUCCUGUUCAGCUUCGGCAAGGCUGCAGGAAAAACGGUGGCAGAUACAGCAAAUAAACUCAAAACAACGGUGGAAGAAAAGACGAUGAUUGGUGACUUUGUGAAGGAGCAGGACAAGUUUGUGUCGGAGAAGAAGGACAUGACGAAGCAGCAGGAUGCCUCUGUGCCGCCGUGGAUCGGCUACAACGAGGAGGAAGUGAUGAAGGAGCAGAUCCUGGCGCUGUCUGCGGACAAGAGGAACUUCCUACGCAAUCCCCCAUCGGGGGUACAGUUCCAGUUUGACUUCAACACCAUCCAGCCAGUUGCCAUGGCAACACUCCAGGAGGAUCCAAACUUGCAGAAAAUGAGAUUUGAACUUGUGCCCAAACUUGUGAAAGAGGAAGUGUUUUGGAGGAACUACUUCUACCGUGUCUCUCUCAUCAAGCAGUCCACACAACUUACCUCCCUUGCUCAGUCUUCAGAAGCCACAGAAGGGACAGACUCGGCCAACAAUAAAGACUCCAGCUCCCCAAAGACAGUUCCCGUGGAGGCUGCUGAGAAGGUGGAGGAGCUUCCUCCAGAGAGUCCCCCAGCCGACAAUGAGUUUGUUAGCGAUGCUUUCAACGCUGAUGAGUUGAGUGAGGAGGACAUCAGAAAGGAGAUGGAACAGCUCGGGGUCGGGGAGGACAAGAAGGAGGCCGACUCGAAAGAAGUUGGUUUUGCUCAGUAUCUUCACCUAACUCAGGUGCCCUCGGACAUGACUGCCGAGAAAGGUGAAGAUAUACCCCAGUGGGAGAAGGAGCUGCAGCAGGAACUCCAGGAGUAUGAGAUGGUAAAUGAAGGGGCUGAUUUAGAAGAUGACGACUUGGAGAAGGAGAUUCUGAAGCAGAUAGAGCAAGAGGCCAACUCUCUGACAUAGAACUUGUACAUAUAUGGGACAUGGGAACAAGUGUUGAAUAGUGGAGCCAUGGUAAAAUGCCACCGGAUGAGCAUUCUCUGUAUUGUUCAAUGUUAAUCUUGGUUGUUUUAAGAAGCUUUACAUUUUCUUCUUUACUGCUGAUAAGCAAACAUGAUCAUAGUCGUGUUAGGGAGCAUCCAUUUGAUUUGUAUGUUUAGGGAAUGUGUUUUCGUGUUUCUGAACAAUCUGAUUGGGAUCAAUUCACUGAACACCAUCAAACAAUUUAUUCAUUUUCACUGUCAACUCAAAAUGUUUAAUGUUUGGUUAUUCUCCAUGACACAAGUUACUCCUUUUUCUGGCAUUGCCAUCAAAUUAUUCAUUUCAGGCAUAAUUUUGAAACCCCUCUUCCCUCCAUUGGAAUCAAAUGGAUGCUCCGUGAUUGAUGUAGGUUGCAACGGUACAUUCCAUACCAGACUGUUUCUGUCAUCAGCUUUGAUCAUAUUAUGGCCUGAACAACACAUGUUUAUUUUGUUUAUGGGUUUUGCAGUGAUGGAAAUUAAGCUUGAAAGUCCAGGGGUCCUUGUCAUAAUCCUCUUGUACGAUGAUUGGGGCUGGCUAUUUAGAGAUCGUAGAGAUCGAUAAUCAUUAACUAAAUAUCGAUUGGUUAUCGAUGAAUAUCAGAGACAUAACUUUGAGCAAAAAUGCCAAAAGAGCCUGAAAGAAAUGAAUAUAUUCCACAUCACUUGUGAGUCACUAUGAGUCACAUGGUUACAAACAAAACAGCAUCCUGAACAUAAUUUAGAAGCAGACCUAAAUUUGUAUUUUGUGUUAGAAAAUGAAAACUUGUUUCCUUCACAAAGGACAAUGUACGAUGUCAUCAAUAACACACUUUUCAUAUUGAUAAUCAUUAAUAAUUUUUCCUAUCGACGAUAUUUCCGAUUAUAUAUCAUAUUCGCCAGCCCUAACGAUGGUACAAUUACUACAUGAACAAACCUCAAGGACUUCCUGUAAUGUAUUGAUUUCAACAAACCUGUCAUUUCUGUUGUGAUAGUACCAAAAUGUUUUCAUUCUGUGACUGUAUGUUGAAGUUUGUUGAGGAAAAUGUUUGAUACUGAGUCAGCAUACUGGUUUAUGCAGCACAUAAUGUAUUCUUUUGAAAGCUGAAAUACAAGUAUCUGAAGUGGG